AAGAUGCUACGGUUCUCAAUUCAAACUUCAUAUUUCCGGUUUCUGUUAUUCAAGAUCAACUGUAAGUGUUUUAGUAAUUCAUCUAUAUUCUUAGCAAAAAAGAAAAGGAAAGAAAAAUAUUCAUCAUUUUUUUCUAGUUUUUCUACGUUUCAUUUCAUUUUUUUCUCUGUUCUUCGAUUUUAAAGAUUAACAGAGCUGUAUAACUUAGUGAAGCAUACUACAAUUGUUGUUUGAUUCAUAUAUUUGUUAGUAACCAUGACUUCCGGCCCUUGUAUUGGAAUUGCCACCAUGAAACCUCGUUGUAGCAUCAUAAUUGGCUCUAGUAGCUCUUUGAUUUAUGGGUUUUCUCCCCCUAAAUCAAAUCCUUCAGCUUUCCACAAUUUGUCGAAAUCACAAGCUCAUAUGUCGAUUGAUAGGAGUGGAUUCCAAUUUUGUGUUUAUGAUAAGGCACAGCCUGUAGGAUAUACUUGUGUACUGAAUCGGAGGGGUUUUAGCUUGUCCGGUUCUAAUAGGGAUCAGUCUUGGGGGUUUACGCGUAAUUUUCGUGGUUAUAAAGGUAGGUCUAGGGGGGUUUUAGUGAUCUCGAACGUAGCGUCUGAUUUUAGGAACCAUUCGAGCUCGGUUGAAGCUAAUGUUGGUGAGAAGGGUUUUGAGAGGAUUUACCUUCAAGGAGGGUUGAACUUGAAUGUAGAGCAUUUGGUCAUUGAGAGGAUUGAGACGGGUGGUGAGGUAGUGAAGGAAGAUAAUUCUGGGGUACAGGUUGAUGAAUCAGGUGUAAAUAUAGGUGACUUGAGGGGUUUGAACUUGAAUGAGAAGAAGGUUGAGAGAGAAUUGUCAAAGAUUGAGAAAGAUGCGUGGAAGUUGCUUCGUGAUGCAGUUGUCACAUAUUGUGGGAGUCCGGUGGGGACUGUUGCAGCUAAUGAUCCAGCUGACAAGCAGCCUUUAAACUACGAUCAGGUCUUCAUCCGAGAUUUCGUGCCCUCGGCACUUGCUUUUCUUCUUAAUGGAGAAGGGGAGAUUGUGAAGAAUUUUCUUCUCCACACAUUGCAGUUGCAGAGUUGGGAGAAGACUGUCGACUGCUAUUGCCCAGGACAAGGGCUGAUGCCAGCAAGUUUUAAAGUGAGGACUGCCCCUCUUGAUGGGAGCGAUGAAGCAUUUGAAGAAGUUUUAGAUCCUGAUUUUGGUGAAUCAGCCAUUGGGCGUGUUGCACCUGUUGAUUCUGGGUUGUGGUGGAUUAUUUUGCUGAGGGCAUAUGGAAAAAUCACGGGGGACUAUGGAUUACAAGAGAGGGUGGAUUUCCAGACAGGCAUUAGACUAAUCCUCAAUUUGUGUUUAAGUGAUGGGUUUGACAUGUUUCCUACUCUCUUAGUCACUGAUGGUUCCUGUAUGAUUGAUAGACGGAUGGGAAUUCAUGGUCAUCCUCUUGAAAUACAGGCCUUAUUCUAUGCUGCUCUGCGUUGCUCCCGUGAGAUGCUUAUUGUGAAUGAUGCAACCAAGAAUUUGGUUGCGGCUGUCAACAAUAGACUUAGUGCACUCUCGUUUCAUAUGAGAGAGUAUUAUUGGGCUGACUUACACAAAAUAAAUGAGAUCUAUCGUUACAAUACUGAGGAAUAUUCUACUGAUGCCAUUAACAAGUUCAAUAUCUAUCCUGAUCAAAUUCCUUCAUGGCUAGUGGAUUGGAUUCCUGAUGAAGGUGGCUACUUCAUUGGCAACCUACAACCUGCUCAUAUGGAUUUUAGGUUUUUCACCCUUGGAAAUCUUUGGGCCAUCAUCUCAUCUUUGGGAACUCAGAAACAAAAUGAGGGUAUUCUGAAUCUGAUCGAGGCGAAAUGGGAUGACCUUGUGGCUCAGAUGCCUCUUAAGAUUUGUUACCCUGCUCUGGAGUAUGAGGAGUGGCGUAUUAUCACUGGCUGUGACCCAAAGAAUACCCCCUGGUCAUAUCAUAAUGGUGGAUCUUGGCCAACACUUCUGUGGCAGUUUACAUUGGCCUGUAUCAAGAUGGGGAGGCUGGAAUUGGCACAGAAGGCCGUUGCUUUGGCAGAGAAGAGAGUGGCAGUGGAUCAAUGGCCGGAAUAUUAUGACACAAGAAAUGGGAGGUUUAUAGGCAAGCAAUCCAGGCUUUUCCAGACAUGGACAAUAGCCGGUUUCCUAACCUCAAAGGUGCUGUUGGAAAACCCUGAGAAGGCAUCUCUGCUCUGCUGGGAAGAGGACUAUGAGCUCCUUCAGACUUGUGUUUGUGCCCUUAGCAAAACUGGUCGAAGGAAGUGCUCACGCUUUGCUGCGAGAUCCCAGAUUCAUAGCCAGCUAUAAUCUCUUCUUUAGAAGGCUUGCUAAAGUUGGUGGACUAGCAAGCAUGGCAGGAAAGGGAUCCAAUUCUUACAUUACACAUAUACAAUACAUACAUAGAGCCUAUAGGUAACCCCAACUAGCAAGGACCCUCUUAUUUGUACUUAAUUUGUAACAUUAUGAUUAUCAUUUAUUGACAAGUACAUGACUGAUUCUGUUUGGAUGGCUCGAAUUUUUAGUGAGCCACUCACAUAUAAUUAUUUGUAAGACUGCUUCCUUGAAUAGUACGGUAUCAUGACUUAUGAUCAUUUGAAUAAUUGUCAUCAUUUUUC